AUGCCUGGUGAAGGCGCUGUCCACCUUGCGGCUACGACCGAUGUCGCCCGUGUUGAAGCGCCGGUCACUUUGAGGGCCUACCUGAUGUGCGCCUUUGCGGCCUUCGGGGGAAUUUUCUUUGGGUAUGACUCGGGCUACAUCAACGGCGUGAUGGCGAUGAAGUUUUUCAUUCAUGAAUUCACUGGCAAGCCGUAUCCCGAGUCAAAUGCGACGGCUGCGGAGACUGCGGCUUUUGUCAUCCCUUCGUGGCGCCGGUCCCUGAUCGUGUCAAUCCUGUCUUGUGGAACCUUCUUCGGUGCAAUCAUUGCCGGUGACCUCGCCGACUUCAUUGGUCGUCGAACCACCAUCAUUGCCGGUUGCGUCGUGUUCUGCGUCGGCGCUGCCCUCCAGACUGCCGCCACAGCUUACGGCCUUCUGAUUGCCGGUCGUCUCAUAGCUGGGUUCGGUGUUGGUUUUGUGUCCGCCACAAUCAUAUUGUACAUGUCGGAAAUCUCCCCCCGCAAAGUCCGGGGCGCUCUUGUUUCUGGAUACCAAUUCUGCAUCACUCUGGGUUUGCUGCUGGCGUCGUGCGUUGUCUACGGCACCGAGAAUUUCACAGACUCUGGCUCAUACCGAAUUCCCAUUGCUCUCCAAAUGCUCUGGGCAAUUGUCCUGGCCGCAGGACUGCUCACCUUGCCCGAAUCUCCACGAUAUUUCGUCAAACGCGGCAACCUAGACAAAGCAACUCACGCUCUUGCUCGUCUCCGAGGCCAGCCUCGCGCGUCCGAGCUGAUCCAGCAGGAAUUGGCAGAGGUCGUCGCCAAUCAUGAGUAUGAGCUGCGAGUCAUUCCCCAAGGGAGCUACUUUGCCAGUGGGACCAACUGCUUCAAAGGCAGUCUCUUCAAACCGAGCUCAAACCUGCGUCGAACGAUUUUGGGUACUUCUCUGCAGAUGAUGCAGCAGUGGACAGGAGUUAAUUUCAUCUUUUACUUCGGCACCACUUUCUUCACCCAGCUCGGAACUAUUCAGAAUCCCUUCCUGAUUUCUCUAAUCACCAACCCUCGUGAAUGUCUGUUCAACUCCACUGUCUUUCUGGAUCAUUGA